AGACGGAAAAUCGGAAAAUGUUUUGAACCUAGAUGUCAUUCCGUUCGUCCGUCAAAUGUCAAGUGGGAUGAUAAUAGUGGAUAUUUUCAUUACAUGAUUUGAUUAGUCUUACCAAUUAUACAUUUGAUUUCACUUUAUCAAAGUAGUGAUUUGUUUGACACCAUGGCUGAGAAAACAACACCAGCACUCUUCAUAACCGCAAAUGUUGGGUCCAUUUUUGAAGAGCCAAAUGUCAUGUUGAAACUAUGGACUGAAGAAUUCCUUAGUACGGUGGCAAGGCUGGAGCCUAAGUUUCUCGCACUGCACUGUCAGGAGGUGGGGGGCAAGAACUACGAGCAGAGUAUGAAGCACGUCGAGUACUUUGUCAGACUGCUGAUGACCAGCGAGGAAUUGAGGUUAUUUGACAGAGUCAGAGUCUACCUAGAUGAGGACUACUCAUCAGCCGAGAACUUUACUGCACUUGGAAACUUCUAUUUCAUCCACGAGUCUGUACCUGAUGUCCUUAUUUGGGAUUUUAAAGAACUGAAUUUUGUUGCUGUGGAAGGGAAAGACGUCCACUCUGGAAACAUCGAAGAUGUCCAAACCAAAGAAAAAUCCAAAUUCCCUCAAGACUUUUUCCCAGAGUGUAAGUGGUCUCGGAAAGGUUUUUUACGGACGAGAUGGAAUCUUAACGGAACCAUUUUUGACCUAGUCAACAUCCAUCUCUUCCAUGAUGCCUCCAACUUUGUUGCCAUGGAAACAUUUCCGUCCGUCUAUUCCAAGACCAGACAACGAGCGCUAGAAUAUACGCUGGACAGGUUUCACACAGACCAAUAUGGAUCUGCUCCGUUCUUCUUGUUUGGAGAUUUCAACUUUAGAACAGACAUGAAAGGUGUUAUCAAGAAACUCGCCAAUGGAUUGAACCCUGUUGAAGUCAAUAGUACAAAAAAUAACGAAAUCAACAAACUUUUAUUCAGGGAUGAAGAACAGGUUAUUUUAACACUAGGAAAGAAGGAAUUCAGCCACUACGAUCAUCAAAAUUUGUUCAUAAAAAAUGCAGGAGAAUGGCUGAAGGAGUUUGACAAUGAGUUGGGUUGUUUUGCCGGUCAGCUGUUUGAGUUUCCGAUCCAGUUUCCGCCCAGUUACCCAUACGAGGAGGACACCCACAGUGGACGACAGUACAUGCAGACUCGAUGUCCGUCGUGGUGCGACCGCGUCGUCCUCUCCGAGACUGCCAAGCUACUUGUCCAUCAGAUUGACGACGAGAAAAGUAUUGAAUACGGCUCUAUUGGAGAGGAAACUUGUAUGGGAGAUCAUAAGCCAGUGUUCCUGCGACUAAGCAUAGUUGGUGAGGCAGGUAGGGUAGUCUGUUGUGACAACCGCCCUCCGCUGCAUGUUACCCCCUCCCUAGUCGAGCCUAGUGUGGCGGCUCGACUCUUGGAGCGAACGGAUUCAUCAAACAGUAUCCAAAUAAUAGAAAACCAUCUAGAUUAUGUGAAACCUGUCAAUGACACUAUAGACGAUGCUUUUGUGGAUUUUCCAAUCAGAUUGGAAAAUAUGGACACACUCUUGGAUUUUACAAAGGAAAAACGAGAAAAAUUGAGUUUCAGUAGGCUUAGCUCAGAGGGGAAUAUCGGUGUAGAUUUUGACCCUGUGAAAGCUCCGUUCCGACCACUACCGCAGGUCGAGGAGCCGAAAGUCUAUGAUAGAUAUAUAGUGAAGCGAGUGCAGUCUGCGUCGUUUGUGGAGGUUCCCCGUGUAGGUGUGCUGCGUCAGGGGGGAUGUAGAUGCAUGAGUGAGUCACAAAGUUGGCGAGCUCGUUCAGUCUCAAUUUCUAGCCGAACAACAAACAAUUGGAGGAGUAACUCUAGAGUUAGGCUUAUUUCAGACUCGAAUUUGCAAAACUCGCUUCUUCGAUUGCAAAGUCACCACAGUUCCUCUGACGAAGAAUGGUUUGAAGAAGUCAGUAAUGACGAGAACAACGAAGACUCUGGGUUGAAUAAAAGUGAUAAUAGUCCAAACAGUGAAAUGACAGAAAGUAAAAUACCUGUUCUCGAAGAAAUAUCUUUGGAGGAGCCCUACGAACCUAUACAGAGUGUGGAAGAUAUUUCUGGGGGAAGGAUUCCUCUAGAGUUGAAAACGGAAUUGAAGUGUAAGAGCUGCUGCCCAAUACGGUGCAGAAAGAAACGCAGAUUGACCAAGAGUCAGAGGAACAGUAUUAAAUCCAACAUCUCAGGGAACAAAGAUAGUUUAGAUAAUGCUUCAAUUGGUAAUGACAGGUGUUGUUCAAUAUCGUGAUAUAUCACUCAAAGUAUACUUAGUGUAAGUACAGUAAUAAGCUGUUAAUCUUUAGUUACUCAAACACUCUUAAUGAUUUUUCAAGCCAUAGAGUUUAUUGUAAUAUAG